AUGUCAGUCCCAGCGUUCAAAUCUCCAGGCCUACUUAUGACCAUCAUGUCCGCCACCGCUCUGCUCAUAGCAGUGCUCUACCGCGGCUACAGAGCCCGUCGUUUCUACCGCGACCUGCCCGGUCCUCCACAUAGCUGGCUCUUGGGUCAUAUAUCCAUCCUGAAAAACAUCGCACUGUCAAUGCCUCCCAACUCAAUGCCUCAGCUAUACUACACCGAAAUCGCCCAUCGAUACAACCUUGAGGGCAUCUUCUACCUUGAUCUUUGGCCCAUCGGCCCAGGUCUAGUUAUCAUAUCUGAUCCGAAACUCAUUGAGCAGGCCCAUAUCCCUAGGCCGAUGGUUCCACAUCCCAUGACCAACACGUUCUUGGCUCCCAUGGUGGGAGAUGGAAAUAUUGCAACCAAAGGCGGUACGGAAUGGAAGAAGCUCCACAAUACCAUGAGUCCUGCAUUCUCGCGUGCACAUGCCCAUGGCAUGGUGGGCGUUAUGGUCGAUGAGAGCAGACUGUUCAGAAGUAAGCUGGAUAAACUUUCUGCGACAGGGCAGGUAUUCUCCAUGGAGGAGCUUAAUCUAGCCGACAUGAGAGAGAUGGUCAACCUUGCAGAGGAAGAAGGAGAUCCUCGCAUUGCAUACAAUCCAUUCAUACAAGGUCCACGACGUCUGAGAAGGUAUCGCAUUCGACAAAGUCUCGAGGCUUCCCUUCUUGGUGUAAUUUACAAGCGACUCGAAGCACUCGUUAGUGAAGGGAUCGUUCCAUCGAGACAAACCCCGACAAGCCUCCUUGAUCUUAUGCUUCGCGAGCAUGUGGAGUUUGCGAUAAGAGAGAACAGACAAAGUCGCAAGGGAUUUGUGAGAUUUCCUAGAGGCGAGGAAAAAGAGUUUCUCAGCCAGAUUUUAUUAUUGGGUGGACAUACCACAACAACAACCAUUCUGAGCAUACGCCAAGAACACAUCCAACAACUUGGGCCCAACCCUCAGGCCACGCUCAUUGAUAAUCCAGACAUGCUUUCCAAACUUCCAUACACGGAAGCGGUUAUCAAAGAGGCACUUAGGCUUUAUCCUGUAGGGUCUAGUCUGCGACUAGGUCCGCCUGGCGCAACUGUUUACCACCAAGGCCGCCAUCUCCCCAUCGACAACAAUCUCGUUAUAAUGACCAACGCCCACGGCAUACACUACGAUCCAAACAUAUACUCACAGCCCACAGACUUUCAGCCUGAACGAUGGCUCAGCCAGAACAAAGCGCAUCCAGGGCCGGGGUACUUUCGUCCCUUUGGGGGAGAUGGGAGGUGGUGUCCUGGGCAGAACAUCGCUAUGUGCAUGCUCAAGGUAAUUGUGGUAAUGACUAUAGGUGAUUACGUGUUUGAGUGCGCUGAUUUAAAGCCCAAUCGUAAGCCGAGGACUUUACAUACAGACGUUGACGUGGUGUUUGGGGAUAUUGCUUUUCAGCAGCUUGGGCUAGAAGGGAGGCCUAGGGAUGGGAUGAUGAUGACUGUUAGGAAAAGAGCCUAA